CGCAUUGGUCACGCAAGCCACGACCAAGCCACAGACACACACGGCAAUCUCCGAAGAAGCUUCCCCGGGUGAAGACGCACACCAGUCUCUGGUUGUCCGGUUCUCCAAAAAUCAGUUUUAGUUUGAUAACGUUUUUCGGCCGGUGAACGUCGCGUUGCCCAAUAACACGGAUAUAAAUAUAUAUAUAAUAGAUCGAUCUCGCCAUGAAAUCGAUGUGCUGUGUUAGUGCUGUGAUUACACUCCUGCCCCUUCUAUUGCUCAACUCGCCCACUGCCGCCCAGUUCAAUCAGCGCAGGCAAGUUCGCCAGAACUGCAUCACCCCAGAGAACUCCUACGGUAGUUGCGUGGCCCUUACCUAUUGUCCCCAGGUGGUGAACAUCUUCCAGACCGCCAACAGAGAUCUAGCGGAGCGAUAUUUGAUCGCCCUACAGCGCAGUUGUGGCACCCGCAACAUCAAUGGGGAUCCGGUGAUCUGCUGCACACAGCCCCGAUAUAACCAGGCCACAGAGCGGCCUCGGAAUCCCUUCUUCCCAACAGAGACAUCGUUCAUUGGUCCUCAGCCGCCGCCUGAAGUUCCCGAUAAUCCCUUCCUGUUUUCCACACCGAGGACUACGACUACGACUGCGACGACUACCAUUAUAGCUCCCGUUCCGGUUACCACAGCGGCACCCUUGGUGGAACUAAGGGGUCCAUCGUGCCGUGGACCAGACACCAAGCCCGGAAACUGUGUGGAACUCAAGGAAUGUACAUCACUGAUUAAUGAACUCCGGGUGAAGCAAAGAGACGAAACCUUCGCUAACUUCCUAAGAGCCUCAAGAUUGAUUUGUGGCAACCAGGGAACCCAGGUGUGCUGCCCCAAUGGACAGACAGUUGCCGCUCAGGUUUCUGUUAUCCCCAAGAAUACGGACGAAAUACCUCGUCGGCUGCUCAAUGUGGAGGAAGGAUGCGGCUAUACAUUCGGGUAUUUCAAGAAGAUUGUAGGCGGUGAAGUGAGCCGCAAGGGGGCUUGGCCUUGGAUCGCACUGCUGGGAUAUGAUGAUCCCUCUGGAUCGCCAUUUAAGUGCGGUGGAACCCUGAUUACCGCCAGACACGUGAUCACAGCGGCCCACUGCAUCCUUGAUGCCUUGCAAUUCGUUCGUUUGGGAGAACAUGAUCUGUCCACGGAUACGGAGGCUGCUCAUGUGGACAUAAAUAUUGAAAAAACCGUUGUUCAUCCGGAAUACAAUAGGAAGAAUGGACGCAGUGACUUGGCCAUACUUUACUUGGUGCGGAAUGUGCAUUUCACCGAUAAGAUCUCCCCCAUCUGCAUGCCACAUACGGCCAGCUUACGCGGUAAAUCUUACGUGGGGUACAUGCCCUUCGUCGCCGGAUGGGGAAAGACUAUGGAGGGCGGUCAGUCCGCCCAAGUUCUAAACGAACUCCAAAUCCCUGUCUUCGAGAACGAGGUAUGCCGGGAGAGUUAUGCGAGAGAGAAACGAUACUUCUCUGCCAAUCAGUUCGAUAGUGCCACUCUGUGUGCCGGAGUUCUGUCCGGUGGUAAGGAUACAUGCCAGGGCGACUCCGGCGGUCCACUGAUGGUACCAGAACAGUACCAGAAUCAACUGAGAUUCUAUCUGAUCGGUGUGGUGUCCUACGGCAUUGGUUGUGCCAGACCCAAUGUGCCCGGAGUUUACACCAGCACGCAGUACUUCAUGGACUGGAUUAUAGAACAGCUGCAGAAUACACCUUGAGUUGCCAUGCCACAUGUUAUACCUAGCAUUAGGUUACUUAAAGUAACCCAACAUUCAGAAUAAAAUGAUUUAACUUAUAUGAAAACUAUUUUAAAUUUGUAAUUUUCAUUAAGAAAUCCAGAAACAGAUUAUAGGUUUCAUUAAGUUAGCUUUAUCUCUUUAUAAUCAAUAAAUAAAGAUAUUUGUUGUAUAUUCUA